GUUGACUCUCUUGGUUGUUGAUGUUAGACAGUCGCACAAGGCGAAGCGGCUGCUGCUGCCCGUGUUGAUUCAGCCUCCUCCUCCUCUUCUUCCACCACCACCACCACCACCACCUCCUCCUCUUCCUCUUCCUCCUCCUCCUGGUCUUCAGCACUGGACAGCUCCUGCUCGGACUCCUCUGACGCCGCGUGGUCCCCGAAAGUCUUUUAAUGGAAGUAAAAUCUGUUUGUGUUCCACGAAAUAUUGGGAGUUUACAACUUCGCCCACUGGAGGAAUCCACGGAUACCUCUCUUGGAGGAGAUUUGUGGCAGCCGGCAGCAGCGCAUCCUCCUCGGCGGAGCAGAGCACACAUUCACUGUUAAGGCCGUGUGCGCGCACAGGCUUCAUCUCCAGACAUUUUGGUCCAAAGGUUAGGGUCUAAAAACCAACCGCGAAGCUGCUGUCUACGUGGACCGGUGCUGAAGCCUCCCGUCCGACUGUCAGGACCUCUGCCAAACCCAGAGACAUGGCGACGAACGGCACCAAAGCGGACGGACAAGUCACAGAACUGAACGAGGUGGCCACUAACAAUGACAAACCCAAGUCACUGGACGUGAAAGGCGAAAAGAAGCAGAAAAAGGAGGUCCCUGACAGGGAAACAUGGGGAGGAAAAUUUGAUUUCCUCCUGUCGUGUGUUGGUUAUGCAAUUGGACUGGGGAACGUUUGGAGAUUUCCAUAUCUGUGUGGAAAAAAUGGUGGAGGAGCCUUCUUGAUUCCUUAUUUUUUGACCCUCAUAUUUGCUGGGGUCCCCUUGUUUCUACUGGAAUGCUCUCUUGGUCAGUACACCUCCAUUGGAGGGCUUGGUGUGUGGAAGCUGGCUCCUAUGUUUAAAGGUGUGGGCCUUGCAGCAGCUGUCCUGUCCUUCUGGCUCAACAUUUACUACAUUGUGAUCAUUUCCUGGGCCAUUUACUACCUAUACAACUCAUUCACCAGUGACCUUCCAUGGAGCUCAUGUGACAAUCCAUGGAACACAGACAAAUGUUACACAAACUACUCCAUUGCAGACACCACCAACCUCACCAGUUCAGUGCUGGAGUUUUGGGAGCGCAACAUGCAUGAAAUGACCGAUGGUUUGGGAAAACCAGGCCAGCUUCGAGUGCCACUGGCAAUAACACUGGCCAUCGCCUGGGUCCUCGUGUACUUCUGUAUCUGGAAAGGCGUUAGCUGGACAGGGAAGGUCGUUUACUUCUCAGCCACAUAUCCUUACUUCAUGCUGUUCAUCCUCUUCAUCCGCGGGGUGACUCUGCCCGGAGCUGGGGACGGGAUUCUGUUCUACAUUACCCCCAACUUUGAGAAACUCAAAGAGUCUGAGGUGUGGCUGGACGCAGCUACGCAGAUCUUUUUCUCCUACGGAUUGGGACUGGGCUCCCUUAUAGCUCUGGGCAGUUAUAACCCAUUCAAUAAUAAUGUGUACAGAGACUCCAUCAUAGUGUGCUGCAUCAACUCAUGUACCAGCAUGUUUGCUGGCUUUGUCAUCUUCUCUAUUGUUGGCUUCAUGGCACAUGUGACAAAGAAAGACAUUGCCGAUGUAGCAGCUUCAGGUCCUGGAUUAGCUUUCCUUGCCUACCCGGAGGCAGUAACCCAGUUGCCUAUGUCUCCUCUCUGGGCCGUUCUGUUCUUCUCCAUGCUGCUCAUGCUGGGGAUCGACAGCCAGUUCUGCACGGUUGAAGGCUUCAUCACUGCUCUGGUGGACGAGUUUCCCAGAGCUCUUAGAGGUAGACGAGAGAUCUUCAUUGCAGCUGUCUGUCUGGUCUCGUAUGUGAUCGGACUCUCAAACAUCACACAGGGUGGAAUCUACGUGUUCAAACUGUUCGACUACUACUCCGCCAGUGGGAUGUGUCUGCUGUUCUUGGUCUUCUUUGAGUGUAUCUCCAUAUCCUGGUUCUACGGUGUGAACAAGUUCUACGACAACAUCGAGGAGAUGAUCGGCUACAAGCCGUGUAUAUGGUGGAAGAUGUGCUGGGUCGUGUUCACCCCUCUCAUCGUCGGCGGGGUGUUCCUGUUCAGCGCCAUACAAAUGGUUCCUCUCAAAAUGGGAGACUAUGUGUUCCCACGCUGGGGUCAGGGAGUGGGCUGGCUCAUGGCAUUGUCCUCCAUGGUUCUCAUUCCGGGAUACAUGAUCUACAUGUAUCUUGGACUCAAGGGCACCUACAAAGAGCGACUGCGGAUAAUGCUUCAGCCCCCUGCUGUCAUCAGGCGAUGUCAGGAGAACGGACCUGAGCAGGUGGAGACCAACACCGCCAACUUGUCCAGCCCUGCUAACCCAGCUCCCGCCAACGCCGCCAGCCCCACCAAUCCAGCUCCGGUCAACUCAACCAGCCCCGUGAGCACCAUUAACCCUCCUCCUCCUCCUGCUGUGCCAGCUAACCCGGCCACUACCGCUAACCCGGCGAACCCAGCGACUAGUCCCACGACCACCACCUCCACGAUGGCCAGUCCAGUUAACCCCAUCACCACCACCACAACCACCACCACCUCAACUGUGAGUCCAACCAGCCCACCUCCCAACCCAGCGAGCCCAUCGGAGCCCGUUAACCCCCCUAACCCAACAAGCCCGACCUCUACCCUGACCAAUGCCGAGGCCAACGUGUAGACAACAAAGAAACCCUCAUGGAGCAUGUAGACAAAAGAGAACAUUACAAAGGACUUCCAAGAUUUUAAUUGAUCCACCUACCUCCUGGGGCAAUAUGUAAUCAAAACAGAUUUUCAAAACCAUGUUUAAUUUUUUUUCUGCAUUUGUAAAAAAAAAAGAAAAAAACCAAGCCAGUGUUGGUUUGCAUUGUGGAAAAACAAUGUCAAAGACUGUUAGUCACGAAAACAACCAUAAAUCCGAGUAAAAAAAAAAAAAGAAGAAAAAGAAAAAGAAGAAAUGUAAACACUGUGUAAUACUGUGAGAAAAGAAGAAAACAUAGAGAUCUAGGUUAGAAAUUUGUUGAAUAUCUUCAUGAAUCAAGUAAAAAUACCGUGUGAAUAUAGUAGAUGAAGUAGUGAACAAACUUGACAUCGUUGAAGAAUUGCAAAAAGGGAUGGCAUCAAUUUCUAUUGUGGAUGUUUACUAAUCCUCACACAGUUGUCUAUUUUCCAAAUGUUGCACUCUGUGAGGUGAACCACGGGCCGCGAGGUGAACGGGAAGCUCUGAGAAAGCACAAUGCCAAUAGGAAGUUCACGACUAUAGGAGCUUCUGGAGAAAAAUAAGAUAUCGUGUGUGUGUGUGUGUGUGUGAGAGAGACUGUUACUUUUUGUUCCUUCUUUUUUCAGACAAGAGAAAACUUUUAUGUGAUCAAAACAUUUUUAGAAUUAUUUUUAGGGAUGUUUUAUACUAUAUGUGUCGUGAUGGAGGACCAAAAUCAAAAAGGCAGACAAAAGCAAAAACUAUGCCAUUUAUUGUUCGGUUGGCAAAGCACAGGGUACGAAGAAGUACAUAAAAAAAAAGAAGAAGAAGAAGAAGAAGAAGAAAAAGAAAAAGCACAGGGUUAGAAAAGUGAUUUACAAACAUCGACUAUCCCUUAAUGCUGACAGUCAGUCCUGUUUACGUUUUGCAUGCAUUCCUCAGGAACAUCAGUGAAAAACUAUGUCUCCUGACAAACAAAGAGAAAACAAAAGAAUAACGGGGGAAAAGGCCUUAAGCCAGAGCACCAAUUCCAACUUAAGCCUUAAGUCUGUUUACACGACUAGGCCCGGACACAGAAACACCACGUUUUUACACGAGCACAAAACCCUGGACCAACUCUGUGUCGAAAAACACACUAAUCGCUAAUCUUUUCUUCACGUGUAAAUGAUCUGUUGUAGUUUGACCAAUAUGUAUUCAGCAAUACAUAUGUAGACGUAUAAGUGCGGGCCAAUAAGCAAGCGGCCCGUUUGUGUCGUCUUUGGUUUCACCACCGAAAAGCACAAAGCUUUAAUUUCCCCUUCCCCCCCCCCGCCCCCAGACUUUUGCCAUCCAUGGUGUGUUAGGACAAGGUUAGUUUGCUUCUAUGGCAGCUACUGUGAGAAAAAAAACAACAACAACAACAACAAAAAGGCAUCUGGUCGAAAACAAGAAAAUGUUUACCUUGAAAAGCAAAACAGCUGAGCGACAAAUGUGAAAUGGCUACAGUUCAUGUCCUGUGAAUUUUGUAUAAAAGUUAACUCUACCACAGUUUUUCUCUGGAACUUUGUCGUAAAAAACCGUACCGUGUGAAACAUGUAACUGUGAACGUCUGUACUACAUUGGAAGUUCUAUGUCUAAGUGUUUGAAAAAAAAAAAAAUGGAGUUGCUGUUUUCUGCAAUAAUAUUUUGAUCACAGAAGCUAAAGCACAUAUCUUUACAGAAGUAUACGAACGACGACGAUGACAAUGAAGAUACCGACCGUUAUAUUGAAAAGAUAGAAACUAUGUCUAGUAAAAAAAAAAACAACGAUUAUAUUGUUUUGUAUAUUUUUAACUGUCUCACUGCCUAAUGUAAAACAUAUAAACAUGUAUCUAAAUGGUGUCACAUUAUAAAGCACGAUUGUUAUGUUAUACAAAGAGAAAAAGACUGAAAAAAAUAAAGAGUUAUAGAAAAUAUAA